AUGGACUUUAACAAGGUUCAACGAAAUUUAAACCUUCUAGCAAAUGAUCUGAGUGACAGCGAAACACUCGAUGCCCAUGAGUUAGCUGAGACCCAAACAGCAGCAGCUUUUAGCGACGACGAGGAGACAAAAGAUCGAGAUGUGUUCUUGUCGACUCAAGUUCAGGCAAGAAUUGAUGAGGCAGAGGAGAGCGAAACAAUUCAAAAAGAUUUUAAGAAACUGUUGGAGGAUUUCACCUAUGAGAGGGAUAGGCUAGAAAUGACGAAGACAGCGGCAAGUAAAAAGCCAAGGAUGGCUAACAACCCAAAAGUUAGUAAAAAAGCUAAUAAAAGAAUACGAAGCAUCACGCAGCAUAAUACUGAUAAGUUUAAAGAUCAAAGACUACACGGCCGAGCGAAGCACCUAGUUACAAUGCUCUCUGGUAAAUUAAACAAAGUAAAUUCUCUCAUGAAAGCUAUGCAGCAGGAUUCUGUAGAUCAGAAGUACUCCAUUUAUGAUUCUGAAGAAUGGUCAAAUCUUGUUACUUUGCUACGAGAAAGACUACCGAAAGUGACACGAUCAGAUAUCAACAUCGUGAAGAACUACGUGUAUGGAGGCGAGCUGGAAGAAGAUCCAUGGUAUGCCUCUCAGCUUCCACCUAAUGAAGUUGAUAUUAUCUUGGGCUCCGGACUUGAUAAUGUGGUUUAUGAUAACAUGGAGUUUAUAAGCGAGCAGCGAAAUGCAGUGACUCUUUCUCAGCUUUUAGAAGAUACAAGCAUAAGCUCCAUCCCAGAUAGUAUGGAUUCUGGAGACCGAAUAAGCAUCACCUUGAGUAUAAGUUCAGAAAACGAAGAUGAGAUUAUAGAUCCCACUAAGGAAACAUUUAGGGUCGUGCCCAAUAUUACUUCUCCUGUCAAGACUUCAGUCGGAACGGACUCACCGUUACGCGGGCUUGCCGCAAACCCUAAUUUGCAAGUCCCAGCAAGUAGAACCACGACAGUAAACGAGUUAGAAUCAAUUGAAUCUCUCCCAUCAAUCUUAGAGUCUGAAUCUUUUGUGGUACGCAUGAAACUGUAUCACGAUCAACAUAUACCUGACGGUUUUCACACCUUAGGUGAUGAAAUAAUUGCAGAUAGUGAAGACAAUGAAUAUACAAUAGCAGAAAUGCUUCCCAGUGAAGAGGAGCAAGUGAUACUCUCACCGCAAUCAUCGUGGCCGGAAUCAGUACAACAACUUCGUCAAUCCCUUAAAAACAUUGGAAUUAAAGUUUCAAGAACCAAAAGCCAAAUGCUAGAGAAUUAUAGCAGCGCUCUAGAGAAUCUUAGUUCACAAACAGACGCAGAUAGACACAAUGAGAUUUUUUCCAGGCUAACCACCCAACUUCGUAGUGAUCCACGGUUCGUGAGCCGUGUUUAUUGCUUUGAGCCGUUCACUCUUGAGGAACUUCGGACCUUUUUUGAGUUCAAAGAUGAAUUUACUAAACUUCUAGACGAUACUGUCAUACGGGAAUGGGCAGAUCACAAUGGUGUCUGCAUUAAAAACAAUGUUAAUAAUACUUAG